AUGGAGCAGAAGCGGGUGUCGAAGCGGUUGUACGUCGGAGGGCUCGGCCACACCGUCUCUAAGGCUGAACUGCAAGAAAGAUUCGGCAAGUUUGGGGAGGUUUUGGACGCAGAGAUUAUUACCAGGAAAGAUGACCAGGGGAACCCUAUGAAGACUUUUGCUUACCUCACUGUCAGCAUUUCUGAUGCAGAUCUUAGGAAGUGUAUGUCAAUUUUAAAUAAAACAAAAUGGAAAGGGGGGACACUGCAAAUUGAGUUGGCCAAAGAAAGCUUUUUGCACAGGCUCGCCAUGGAGAGGGAGGAAGCAAAGCUGCAGAAAGAAAAGCCACAGAGACAUGACAAAACGUGUCUGUUGGAAUCACUGAAAAAAGCUGGAGUUGUAGACUUUCAGAUGAAAGCAGUGCCAGGUACAGAGGUGCCAGACCAUAAGAAAUGGAUUGUUGGUAAAUUUGGCAGAGUCCUACCUGUCCUACACCUUAGGAGUCAACAGAAAAAUAAAAUUGUGAAAUAUGACCCAUCAAAGUAUUGCCAUAACCUCAGGAAGCUGGAGCCAGACUUGGCACGUGAAGUUCCUAUAUCUGAGCUCACCUGGUGCUUGGAAGGGGGAGAUGGCAGCGUCAUGCACAGGAAGCGGCCAGGAGAGCUCCCCGGGGCAAAACAGCCACCUAAAAAACUGAGGCAACUGGGCAGAGAGGCUCUGAAUGGAGCAGUAGUUCUCUCCUCUGGGUGCCAGUCACCUUCAAAAAACAGAAGCUUAGCGCAGCUAGAUGAAAGGUCAAAAUCCAAACCCAAUGAGAAGUCUAAAUUGCCUCUGUCAAGUGCUCUUUCCAGUAAAAUAUCAGAGAGGGGCUUAGUAUCAGAUAAAAGCAACAUUUCUGGAGUUACAGCUCAAAAUCAUAGGAGUGUUUGUGACAGUGACGUUGAUUCUGAAGAGGAAAUCAGAGCAAUGGUAGAGAAAGAGAGAGGAAUGCAGAAAGCUGAAAAUGUUGAGACUGAAAGUGACCACUUGGAAAUUGUUGGGGAUAAUUUUGAAUUAAAAUAUAAUAGUCACUGGUCCUUAAGCAAUCCAGAUGCUAGAAAGAAAGCCAUCAAAGGAAGUAACAGAGAGAAAGAGACUGUGGAAUGUGACAACAGUUAUGACUCAGCAGAUACAGAUGAAAUUAUUGCUGAAAGUAAAACUCCAGAUCUAAGUAGCAGGAAAACUACAAUUUUAGAAGAUUCUAAACAGGUGAAGCUGGAAAAUAAAGAAAUGCCAACUACCAAAACCUGUGAGUCAGUGGAUGACUCUGCACAGAAACCUCACCAUUUAAAAGAAUAUAUUGGAAGGAAAGGGAAAAUUAAAAAAAAAACCAACUCUGUCUUGCAAAGUACAGCAGUUAAGAGCUCAACAAAGGCAAGUGAUAGUGAAAGCUCUUACUCAGAGGCUGAGAAAGGGGACUCUGAAAUUAGUUCUGAUUAUGAGUCUCUUAUGCAAAACUGUUACCGCUUGGACCUUACAUUAGAUGACCUAAAAGCAUUAGCUACUGAAAACGUUGGGGCACCAGCAGAUGAAUCAGAUAGUGCACUGAGUUCUAGUCAGCAAAGUGUUGAAGAAAAUCCUAAGGGUAAUGUUGUAAAUAAACCAAAACUUUCUAAAAUCCACCCUGCAGUUAAAAAAAAAUGUAUCUGUCCUGAAGAUGUAGUUGCUGCAAUUUUAGCUGGGGAGGACAAUGCUGCUGAAGAAGGCUCCAAGGGACAAAAUAACUCGUGUUUGAAAUAUCAGCCUUUCAGAGGAAUUGGGUCCCUUUGUGAAAAAGAGGUAACUAAGGAGAGCAGCGGUUCAAAGAAGGUGUUGGCAGAAAGUUUAGGUCCUGAAACUUGUAUUUCUUACUGUGGGGAGGAGUCAUCUAAAAGACAGUCUAAAAAGCAUCCAUUGUGUCCACAGGAAAUCAGUAGUAAAAAGAGACAGAAUAUGCCUUGUGAACCGCACAAGGAAUUGUCAGAUUUUGCUUCCUUAGCAGCUGAGAGCAAUCAGCCUGGUUCCAGGCCUCAUUUACAAGGAAGGAGCAAAGACACAAGUUCUUUACCAGAAGACCAAAAUUCAGAGCGUGGAGCUGCUGUUCCCAGUACUGAUGAGAGUGGAGACGAGAGCAGUGAUGUGGAUAGGAAUGCUACAGUGCCACAGAAACAUGUUAAGCAACUGAAAAGGCCAAAACUGCUUUCCAAAAAAUUAAAGAGAGAUGUAAGCAAUACAAAUCCCGAACGUGAAACUAACAAGUGUGAGAAUGGGAAGACAAGCCUGCUGGAAACUAAGGAGCUUUGUCGUCAGGUUACUGCUUCAAAGGGACCUGAUUUAGAAAAGAAACAGUUCCAGGAUAACCAGAGGAGGCUGGCAGCUCUAGAAGAGAGACAGAAAGAGAGAGAAUUACAGAAGAAACUCAUUCAAGGAGCUCUUUCAAAUCUGGAUAGCCAGCCAGCAGGCAAGCAUAAACACAUCAUAUUCAAUUCAGAUGUGGAAAGUGAAGCUGAAGGAGAUGAGGUGUUGAAGAAAGGGAAGAGUUUGGGAGAGAAGCAUGAAGAAGAUGAACCUGCUCCCAAAACUUCAAGCAGACUGUUUGAAAGCAGUGAGGAUGAGCAAGAUGACGCAGAUGAUGAGAGAUUCAAAAUUAAACCCCAGUUUGAAGGCAAAGCUGGUGAAAAACUCUUGAGACUGCAGUCACGAUUUGGCACAGAUGAAAGAUUUCGCAUGGAUGCUCGAUUCCUUGAAAGUGACAGUGGGGAGGAAGCAGAGACAAAUGCCUUGAAGACAGAUGAGGAGGAGGAACUUGCUGCAGAGAAAAAGAAGAAUCUGCAAAUACUGGGAAGCCUCUUGAAUGUCAACUUGGAACACCAUAAGCCAACUAAACCAGCCGCAAGUGCUAAGAAAUUCAAAGAUAUUAAUGCCCUCCGCUACGAUCCCACAAGACAGGACCACGCAGUCUUUGAAAGGAAACCAAGUGCUACAGAAAAAGAGAGUAAAGCUAAAAGGAAGAAGAAGAGGGAAGAGAGUGAAAAACUCCCUGAAGUGUCGAAAGAAACAUACUAUGAUAUUGCUGUUGAUUUAAAAGAGUUGUUUGGCUCUUCAAAGAGCAAAUCAGAAACAAAUCAAGAAGUACCCUGGGACAAAGCCACUGCAGAGGACCCUACCCAACCUGACUCUUCGGGACCUAAUGCUGGCAGUAAGGAAGAUCAGGAGUCUGAUUAUUUCAAGUUUUCCUUCUUUGAAGACAUGGAGGAGUCACGCAUGAAAGAAGAGCCCUACGUAAUUGAAACAAUAAAACCUGUAAAAGUCACAUGGCAAGAAGAUCCACGUUUCCGAGACAGCAGUUCUGAGGGUGAUGAUGAACCAGAGGCAUCAGAAAGUGAAUGGAACAAAGAAAUGUUUGUUUCUUUGCCACAGACACAAACUGUGAGAUUUUUCUUCUUCUCCAAAGAUGACGAACGACUAAGAGAAGGCCCCAAGUUAUUUUGUAGAUCAGCAGAUCUCAGUGAGGAAAGAGAUGGUUGGGAAGACAGACGUAGAGUGUUGAUUGAGGAGUGCCGGAAGAAGCAUAAGGAUGCAAGGAGGAAAGUGAAAGCAAAACAAUAA